AUGGCCAGCCUCUACUCUCUGGUGGUGGCCCUAGUAGUGUGCAGCUGUGGCUCUUUUGGAUCGCUGGGAUGUGACCUGCCUCAGAACCAUAGUCUGAUAGGAAAGAAGACUUUGGUGCUUCUGGGCCAAAUGAAAUGGAUCUCCCCUUUCUUGUAUCUUAAGGACAGAAGAGACUUCAGAUUUCCCCAGGAGAUGGUGGAAGUCAGCCAGUUGCAGAAGGCCCAGACUAUAUCUGUCCUCCAUAAGAUGCUGCAGCAGAUCUUCAGCCUCUUCAACACAGAGCGCUCCUCUGCUGCCUGGAACAUGACACUCCUGGACCAGCUCCAUACUGGACUUCAUCAGCAGCUAGAAUACCUGGAGACCUGCUUGGUUCAGGCAGUGGGAGAAGGAGAAUCUGCUGGGGUGAUUGGGAGCCCUACACUGGCCUUGAGAACGUACUUCCAGGGAAUCCGUCUCUUCCUGAAAGAGAAGAAACAUAGUGACUGUGCCUGGGAAGUUGUCAGAGUGGAAAUCAUGAGAUCCUUCUCUUUAUCAACAAACUCACAUCAAAGAUUGAGAAGUAAGGAAGGAGACAUGGAGUACUCUUGAAAUAAUUCUCAUUGACUAAUCUGCCAUGUCACACUUGUACAUGUGAUCUUGGAUGUUUUAAAAGACUCAUUUCUGCUUUAGUUACUGAAUUGGUUGAGAUAAAUUCAGCAAAUACUUCAUCAGUAUAUUAAGCAAGUAUAUGUUCAAAACAUUCAGCUCCAGCGGCGUGGGAGUCUAAGAGAUGACUCCCCCGAUAUUAUUUAUUUAUUUCCAUUGUUUUGCAUCUAUUGUAUUUAUAAUAUUUAGAUAUUUUACAUAUAACAUGUUAAUCUUCACAUUGUAUUAACAUUUACAGAAUAUGUUCACCAUUUAAUGUUAUUAAAUUUGCAGUUUUGAUUUAUUAAA